AGGAAGCGGAGGCCGCCCGGGCGUCGGUGCCACGCUCUCCGCUGCGAUGAGCUCCGAGCCUGCGCUCCGCCCGGCUCGCGGUGCGGGUGAAGAACAAAACAUGACUGAAAUAGAUGCCUUCCCUAGGAGAGAAAUGUUUGAUCCGGCUGAAAAGUACAAAAUGGACCACAAGAGGAGAGGAAUUGCAUUAAUCUUCAAUCAUGAGAGGUUCUUCUGGCACUUAACCCUGCCAGAGAGGCGGGGCACCAGUGCCGACAGAGAAAAUCUUAGACGCAGGUUUUCAGAUCUAGGAUUUGAAGUAAAAUGUUUUGAUGAUCUUAGAGCAGAAGAACUAUUGCUCAAAAUUCACGAGGCGUCAACUGCCAGCCACGUAGAUGCUGAUUGCUUUUUGUGUGUUUUCCUGAGUCACGGUGAAGGCAACCACAUCUAUGCGUAUGAUGCCAAAAUUGAAAUUCAGACGUUAACAGGCUUGUUCAAAGGAGACAAGUGUCAGAGCUUGGUUGGAAAACCCAAGAUAUUUAUCAUUCAGGCGUGUCGGGGCAGCCAGCACGACGUGCCCGUCAUCCCUCUGGAUGCAGUUGAUCACGGGACAGACAUGCUGGAUGCCAACCUAACCCAGGUGGACGCGGCCUCGGUUUACACACUUCCUGCUGGAGCCGACUUCCUCAUGUGCUACUCUGUGGCAGAAGGUUACUAUUCUCAUCGGGAAACUGUGAAUGGUUCAUGGUAUAUUCAAGAUUUGUGUGAGAUGCUGGGAAAAUUCGGCUCCUCUUUGGAGUUCACAGAACUCCUCACCCUGGUGAACAGGAAGGUUUCUCAGCGCCGAGUGGACUUCUGCAGAGACCCAAGUGCGAUUGGAAAGAAGCAGGUUCCCUGCUUUGCCUCAAUGCUAACUAAAAAGCUGCACUUCUCUCCAAAAUCUAAAUGAUAGGUGCUAUUUUGCUUUAUGUAUUCAAAAUAGAUUUUCUCUUUUCAUAUAAAGGAGUAUCACUUGGUUGAAGCAAUUUAAAUGGUUCAGCAGUUUUAAAUGUUUUAAGCUUUAAUAACUUAAAAUAGUUCAUAUUGGACAUGGUGAAGGGGUUUUGAUAUAUGGGGAAAUGAAAUCCUCAGGGAAUUCCUAUAGAUGAAAAUCCACAAGCAUUUGUAAUACUAGACUUUUGUACUAAAUUGUAAGUUUACUCAAUAUCUGACUGAUUUAACUUGUAUUUUGUGACUUUUUUAAAAUAAAACUUUAUAAUGGUUUUAAGGGGUUUUGAAAUCUAAGAACUUGUUUUCCUUUAAUAUUUGAAAUUUUUAAAUUGUUUUUCUAAUUUACAUUCUUACUUG